AUGGAGAUCCCAGAGAAACGUCUUCUCAGAUUCUUAAACCUCAACAAAGAACGGGAUGAAAAGGCGAAAGAAAGGAAACCCACCCAGCCCACCCAGAAGUCACGGAAGCCCCCCACCCACUCAGAAGCCCACCAGCCUCACCCGAAGCCAUCCACAACCCAGAAGCCCACCGAGCCACCCAGAAGCCACCCAGCCCACCCCAGCCACCAGAAGCCCACCAGGCCCCUAGGUCCAGAAGGGCUACCCAGCCUACCAGAAGCCCACCCAGCCCCAGCGCCCACCUUGCCCACUCAGAAGCCCACCCUGCCCACCCCGCCCACCCAGGCCACCAGCCACCCAAGAAAGGCCACCCAGCCUACCCAGAAGCCACACCAGCCCCACCGGCCACUAGGCACCCAGAAGGCCACCCAGCCCACCCAGCACCCAGAAGCCCACCCUGCCACCCAGCCCACCCAGAAGCCCCCAGGCCACCGCCACCCAGAAGGCCACCCAGCUACCCAGAAGCCCACCCAGCCCACCCUGCCACCCAGCUCACCCCCACCCAGCAAUGAGAAGCCACACCCAGCCACCCCGAGCAAUGCGAAGCCACACCACAGCCACCACCACCCACCUAGAAGCCCACAGAGCCCCCAUGCCCACGCCCACCCAGAGCAUGAGAAGGCACACCCAGCCCACCCAGAAGCCCAACCCAGAACCCACCAGCAGCCCACCCGCCCACCCAGCCCACCCAGAGCAAUGAGAAGCCCACCCAGCCCACCGAACCCCCCCAGCUCACCCAGCCCACCCAGCCCACCAGAGCAAUGA